GUAAUAAUUAAAAAAAACUUUAUUUUAAAUUUGAGACGGUAUAUUAGAAGAUUAGUUUCAGUUAAUGCUUUGUAGAACGAUGGAAGACGGUAGCACCACGGCCCCGUCGGCAUGGCGGGUCGACAUCGGCGACCGUUUACCGCUGCGACUGGCCAAAUCUGAGAUCAUUCCACCUGCUCCAAACCGAUCCAAAUCCGGCUCCGAAUUCGAACCCGCAAUCGACUGGUUAUUGGACUUCGCCGGGUACUCAUGGAUUGCCUACGGCGCAUCGUCCCUCCUGGUGAUCACGCACCUCCCCAACCCUCUACAAGAGAGGGAAACCGCAAUAGGAUCCAUUUUACGCCAAGUCUUCGAGCUGUCUGCGGACGGCACGGGCACAGUUUCAGCAGUAGCCUGGUCGCCGGCUACACCCUCUUCCGGCGACCUAGCCGCCUCUCUGGAUAAUUGUAUUGGAUUGUUUUCGUUCCAGCCACUUGCUUCCAGCAGUUCUUUUUGUUGGAGCCAGACUACAGUUUUGGUGCAACCUGCAAAGGUGGAUGCAAUAAAAUGGACAGGAUCUGGAGAUGGGAUAGUAUCAGCUGGCAUGGAGAUAGUCUUAUGGCAAAAAAAGGAGAGGUCCUGGGAAAUGGCAUGGAAGUUUAAACCAGAAGUCCCACAGAUUUUAGUGUCUGCCACUUGGUCAAUUGAAGGACCUUUGGCGACAGCACCUCUGCAUGGCUUGCAAGUUGAAGAUACAGAUUUUCAUAUCUGCAAGGAUAAGAAAUCUGUAUUAGUUUGUCAAGGAGAUAAAGAUUCACGACUUGCACAUGCCGUGCUUCCUCAUCCCCAACCUGUAUCUAUGAUUCAAUGGAGACCAUCUGUGUCACUAGAGUCAAAUAAAGAUGGCAGAAUCUUCAAGAGGUUACUGCUGUUAACUUGUUGUCUGGACGGGGCUGUAAGAUUGUGGAGUGACAUGGAUGAUGGAAGGUUGAAAAAGCUUUUUAAAAAAAAUGACCGCAAGGUUACUGGAUUAUCUUUUCAAGUGGUUGCUGUGGUUGAGGUGAAUCAACCAUUGAUCGGAAAACUGGGAUGUGAUAUAUUUGUAAGAUGGACAACAGAUAUCGAUGGUGUUGUUAAUAUCAGAGGAAAAACUGACUUUUAUUCUGCUUUUGAGAAAGACCAACACGACAAGGUUGGUAAGUGUGAAUGGUUAAUUGCACAUGGUCCUAGAAAUAAUUUGACUCUUUGGACUGUUCACUGUCUCGAUGAUAUAGCUCCAGUGAGAUUCCCGAGGAUUACCCUAUGGAAUAGCAAGGAAAUAAACUAUCCAGAAGUGAACUCAAAAGGUUUGGUUCUUAAUAAUGUUUUUAUCAUGAGGAAUCAGAUCUUUGGACCACCAAUAAUUUGUUCUUGGAUUGAGCUACUACCUUGUAACUCUCUGGCCUGGAUACAUUUAUAUUCCUCAAGGUCAACUGUUGAGGAAAAAGGAUCUUCAAGAUCAAGUAUUGAAGAUGGAUCGUCGGAUAAAUGUCAGAGUGAUAUCUUAUCAUUUUGUUCUAGAGGAAUUUCGAAUGCUGACAGUCAUUGGGAUACAAUUUUACAAGUUGCAGUUCAUCCUUGUUCAUUUGAAUUUGAACUUGCUGUCGCUCUUGGUACAAAUGGAAUGCUCCAAUUUUGGAGAUUUUCUGCUACUUCUGAUGGUGUCAUGCCAACUUUAAGUCCAUCCUGGAAAUGUUCUGAGAAAAGCUAUGUUCAACAAUGCCAUUCAGGGUUCUCUUGCUUGAAUUGGGGACCUGCAAUCUCAGAUGAAGAAUGGGUCCUUUUUGUUGGGCAUUGUGAUGGUGUAGAUAUCUAUAUUGUCACCUCAAGAAAUGCAGAAAAGAGAUUAAUGUGUCAUAACAUAUGCACUGUCCCUCUUUUGAAUGAAGGCCAUGAAGAGGGUCCAAAUACUGUCUGCUCAAUUUCUUUGCCUUCUACUGGCAAUGGAAUGUCCGUUUAUAAUAAUUUCUUACUAUUAUCCGUGUGGAAGGGUGCCACACAGGCUGUUUCAUGGAAAAUUAGCUUACAUCAUUAUGAUUCUUCAAGAAUGUCUUGCAACUGCAAUUUUGGGAUGCCAAGUAAUGUUGAAAAUAGUAUGUGCGGAUUCAAAAGUAGUUGUAGCGGUAAGAGAUACUGCGUCUCUGUUGAACCUUGCUCAUCACGAUUCCCUGCUCCAUACAACCACGAACUAGUGUCUAGCUUUGCGGUACAUUGUCCAACUAGUAAUGUUUUGAGCAUGACACAGGAUUCUGUUAAUGAGAAGUCUAGCACCCCCUCUACUUAUCACAUGAUCACUGGUUGCAGUGAUGGAAGUUUAAAAUUCUGGAGAAGCAUGCUUGGUAAAAGCUUGGAUUCACAGUGGGAUCUUGUUGGCAUGCUUUGUACUCAUUGUGGUCCGGUUCUUGCAAUAUCUUCAAGCUCUUGUGGUAGGAAGAUUGCAACAAUCUCCAAAGUUGAUAAAGCAACUACUAGUAACCUUCAAAUAUGGGAAUGUGUGCACCUCGUGGAUGAAGGUACCUUCAUCCUUGAAGAUACUUUGUGUCUUGAUGCAGAAGUGGUUGCACUAAAUUGGCUGACAAUAGGAAAUGGUCACUUGUUACUGGGUGUUUGUACAAGUAAUAGGUUGCAGGUAUAUGGUCAAAGACGUUGCGGUGGCCAUUUUAUUAUGAAGCCGGAUAAGUAUUUAGAGGGAAGCAUCUGGGUCUGUAUUGCUGAAUCUCACACUAAAGCCAUCAUUCAUGACUUCAUUUGGGGGCCAAAAGCCACAAUUGUGGUUGUUCAUGAGGAGUAUUUUUCUCUCUAUAGCAGGCUGUUAUUUUUGAAGGAUUGUAAACGUCAAUCCAUUAUUUUCGAACAAAUUAACGGAGAUAGUUGCUGUAAUGGAUCUGACAAAGUGUCACCCAGGUCGUCAUGUGAUGGGUUUGAUGAUGGUCAACAGUGCUCGUUUAGAUCCCCUAUGAAGAUGAACUUGGUACAUGAAAUUAUCCACAAUGUCAAUGUCAGAAGCUCUGAAAAGGAGUGCAACUCAUUGACAAAUAUUGGCAUUUGGAGCAUGCUAGAGUUGGUGGAAAUAUUGGGAGGACCAGUACCUGUCAUUCACCCGGAUGCUCUUCUUGUGAACCUACUUUCAGGUCAUUGGAAACGCCUCCAUGUAGCUCUGGAGUGUCUCACUGAACACAUUAGUUGUAAAAGAAAAUCAAAGAGAUCCUGUUAUCAAAAUUUUGGCUGUUUCACAAUACCUGUUCCAUUGUCAAAUUAUCUUGAAGGAUCCACACUGCAAAGUUCAGCCGAUAAGUCCUUCCAAUGGAGUGGUGAUAUUGCAUCUUCAAAGGCACAAGGGCCAUAUCAAUCUGUCUCUAGUUUAGGUUCCGAUGAAACUCAUACUUCCUCAACAAGAUCUGAUAUGUUGUCCAUCAUUGAAUCAGUUGAUAAAUUAUCCAAGUGUACAAUCAUGUCCAGCACUGAAAUGAUGCAUUGUCGUGCUGCUAUAACUCUUCUGCAAGAAAUUAGUGAUACAGACAUGGCAUCUCCUUAUGGAAGUCUUGAUGGACCAGGUCGAAGGUUCUGGGUUGCAAUGAGGUUUCAACAGCUAUAUUUUGUUGAAAGAUAUCAUAGGUCACCAUUGGUAGGAGAGCUGGUUGCUCAGUCAGCAUUAAUUGGUUGGGCUUUUCAUUCUGCUUGCCAAGAGACUUUAUUUGAUUCUCUCAUAUCUAAUGAUCCUUCUUGGCAAGAAAUGCGUGAUCUAGGAAUUGGGUUCUGGUUUACAAAUGUCACACAGCUACGAUCAAAGAUGGAGAAGCUGGCAAAACAACAAUAUUUUAAAAAUAGAGACCCCAAGGCAUGCACACUUCUUUACAUUGCUUUGAACAGAAUUCAAGUUUUGACAGGUCUUUUCAAAAUAAGCAAAGAUGAAACGGACAAGCCUUUGGCGGGUUUUCUUUCCCGCAAUUUUCAGGAAGAUAUAAAUAAGGCAGCAGCUCUGAAGAAUGCAUAUGUUUUAUUGAGUAAACAUAAACUUGAACUUGCAGUUGCAUUCUUUUUGCUUGGUGGUGACAUGACAUCUGCUGUCACUGUGUGUGUGAAGAACCUAAGGGAUGAGCAGCUUGCACUUGUCAUCUGUCAUCUUGUUGAAGGGUAUGGUGGGCCAUUAGAGCAUUUCAUUGUGAUGAAAUUGCUUCUUCCAUCUGCAGUUGCCAAAGGGGAUUACUGGCUUGCCAGUUUCUUGGAGUGGAUAUUAGGAAACUAUUCACAAUCUUACCUGAGAAUGCUAGCUGUCCAAAUGGAGCCACGUCGCAACAAGUAUUUCCUAUCGUCACACCAAGAUGCUUUUUUAGACCCAAGCAUUGGACAAUACUGCCUUAUGUUAUCAGCAAAGACUUGCAUGAGACAUGCUAUUGGUGACAAAAAUGCUGCAGCCUUGGGUAAAUGGGCAAUUUUGAUGUGUGCUACUGCCUUAAGCAGAUGUGGUCUGCCUCUUGAAGCUUUGGAGUGCCUUUCUUCUUCACUCAACAUCUUUGGCAGUUCGACUCUAGGAAACAUACCACACAAUGCAGACUCUGAACCUCUAAAUGUCGGACUUCUGGAAUUGUUAUUAAAUAAGAGUAUGUCAAACUGGAUAUCUGACAAUGUAGCUUUUGAUGUGCGAUCACAUUCAAGACUAGAUUUUGCUAUGCAGUACAUAUCAGAGUUGUUGAAAAAACAUCCAUGCUGGGUGGACGUCAAUACGAGACAUCUUCAAGCAUAUACUUACACUGAUCCUGAGUAUCAUGACUGCAAUAGAUUACUUGAUACGUUCCAGGGCGAAUUAAUGAAAACAGUUUCAUGCUUUCAGCAGAAGUUCUCUAUGAAUUCUAUUGAUCUUAUGAACAUGAUAUUUUUGGCUCUCAGCAACAACAGUUUGGAUUGCAUUGGAUAUAGUCUGUUACAAAACUAUAAUAGCAAAUACACUUCAGAUGAGCAAGAAAGUUUUGGUAUUUGCUUCCAGGAUGCUCCUCUUCGCAAACGACUUCUGAAGGCUGCUGAGGAAGUACCACAUGCACUUUCUAGGUUCAUCAUUGUGUGUGGCAUGAGUUAUUUCUAUCCAGAAUCAUAUGCAGGGAGAGAUGAUGUGGCUAGCACACAUGGAUUUGGUUUGAUUAAACCUUUGGAGUUUUACAAGUGGAGUUUCAUUUGGUCAUUGUGGUGGCUUAGAGAAAUGAUGGUGCUGUUUUUUCUUUCCUUAAAGCAUGCUUUUUCUAGAAAUCAUUUCACUGUCCUCAAUAUAUGUGAGAUAUUCUUAUAUUUUUCCUCAUUUUGGGUUCAAAGGAAUUUAAGGGGUCUUACUAUGAUUUUGACGCCUCUCAUAGUUGCAUGUGAUGAUGGAUAUGCUUCUCAUGAGAUCAAUUUAGAGGAUCUCCUGGAAACCCUUAUCCAGAAUUCUAAAACUAUGACUUAUGACACUCCAUCUGUUGAUGCAGCAUCUCUUCAUAUUAAUGAUGGGAAAUUACAUAAAGAGGUUGUAGAUCUAUUGUUAUCGGUUCCAAAUGAAAGGAGACGGCAAACCAUGGGUCUUUCUUUAUGGGGGACUGUAUCUAAUAGUCUGGAAAAUCAGCUACGAAUCAUACAUCCUGAACCUAGAGGUUGUAUAUUUGAUCCCCAAAAACCAUUGUCUUCAUCCAUCCUCGAAGGUACCUUCCAGGUUGAUAUGCUUUCAAUACUUGCAAGAUUGUUGAAGGAAACUUGUGGACAUAUAUCUGCUUACUGUGAAAAACAAUUAGCAUCAUUAAUGCUGGAAGGAGUAUCAAGAAGUGUUCCUUUGAGCCAUGAAUAUAAAUAUCUUGCUAAGAAUUCGGAUCAUAUAAUUGACAGUGUGGAUAUUAUGUCAAAUGAAGAUGAGUUAUCAUCUCCAAAGAUGUUUUGGACUCUCUGCACUGAGCUUUUGAAAGUUAAGGGAGACUUUUUACAAGAGCAUGCAAAUUUAUUGAAGUUUUUUACGCAGAAGUCCUUGAAUGAGUGGCAUGAUGUGUAUCCAAAUAUUAUAAGGGAUUGCGAAGCUGAGGAAGCUUUUGAGAAAGAAGAUAGGCUUGACAGUCCUAGUAGUGCUGCUGGAUCUCCUCUUGCAUGUCUAUCUCCUAAUGAUCACCCCUUUUUAAAUUCGGGUGGAAAAUAUCCAGAUCACCGGGAACAGAUUUUUCCUUUCAAUAAUCCUAAAGAAAUAUGUAGAAGAAAUGGAGAACUCUUGGAGGCUCUGUGCAUUAACUCUGUUGAUGGAUGUCAAACUGCUCUUGCUAGCAAUCGGAAGGGCAUAAUAUUCUUUAAUUGGGAGGAUCGACUGUCAUAUGUAGAUAAAUCGGAUUAUCUAUGGGCAAAGGCUGACUGGCCAUGUAGUGACUGGGCUGGAGAUGAGGCCACAUCGACUACCUCACAUGUUUCACCUGUACUUGGGAUGAGGAAGAAAACACCAUUGCAGGAGCUUGGUGGAGCAACAAUUGGUGUAGGUUCUUUGACAAUACCCAAGAAAGAGUUUACAAGCAGUGUAACAUUUGGAGUUCCGGGCUAUGCUGGUAUCACUUCUGGCAUUGGUUGGGGAUUUCAAGAAGACUUUGAUGAGUGUGUUAACCUGCCUGUUACAGCAGAAAAUAUUAGAACAAGGGCAUUCUCAACUCACCCUUCGAGGCCCUUGUUUUUGGUUGGUUCUAGCAAUACACAUACAUACUUAUGGGAGUUUGGAAAGGACAGAGCGACUGCUGCAUAUGGAGUGCUCCCUGCUACGAAUGUCCAUCCACCUUAUGCCCUUGCAUCAAUAUCUUCUGUGCAGUUUGACCAUUGUGGUCAACGGUUUGCGACUGCUGCAUCAGAUGGUAUGGUGUCAACAUGGCAACUUGAAGUUGGAGGAAGGAGUAAUAUUCAUCCAACUGAGUCCUCUAUAUGCUUCAAAAAUUAUACAUCGGAUGUAACUUAUGUUACUGCUAGUGGUUCUAUCAUAGCUGCUGCGGGGUAUAGCUCCAGUGGGGUUAAUGUUGUUGUAUGGGAUACACUUGCCCCCCCAGCUACAUCUCAGGCAUCCAUAAUGUGCCAUGAAGGUGGUGCACACUCUCUGUCGGUUUUUGAUAAUGAUGUAGGAAGUGGGUCGAUUUCUCCCCUUAUUGUGACUGGUGGAAAAGGUGGUGAUGUUGGACUCCAUGAUUUCCGUUACAUAGCAACAGGGAGGGCAAAGAAACAUAAGCACUCUGAUACCAGUGAACAAAGUGUUCAUUCCACGGCAGACAUGCACAAGAAAAGUGGCGAUCAGAAUCGAAAUGGUAUGCUAUGGUAUAUACCAAAGGCCCACACAGGGAGCAUCACCAAAAUAUGCACUAUACCAAACACUAGUUUUUUCUUGACGGGGAGCAAAGAUGGAGAUGCAAAACUUUGGGAUGCAAAGAGAGCAAGGCUGGUAUAUCAUUGGCCAAAACUGCAUGAAAGACAUACUUUCCUCCAGCCAACCUCCCGUGGCUUCGGUGGAGUCAUUCGGGCUGGCAUUACAGAUAUCCAAAUUGUUUCUCAUGGUUUUGUUUCGUGUGGCGGAGAUGGUUCUGUUACGCUGGUUACAGUGAAAGAGGACAUGAAACAUGCACGGAUACGGUGAAAGCAGUGAUUAAUGAAUGCUUGUAGUUCAAGAUGUACAUGAUGAUUUGUUGGCGUUCAAGUUGUUGAUAGGUUUUUGUAGUUGUUCCGUUCUGGAAAUCAUAUUUCGGACGCGUCACACAUCUGGAAUCUGGUGUUGUAAUUAAUACUCCCUCAGUCCAUAAGUUUUCUUCCUUACUCAAACUAAGAAAAUGUAAAAUAUGUUUUGACUUUCCACAUUUCCUCUUGGAUAAUUGAAAAAGUAAAAUAAAGUGAAUAGAAAAGGUAGUAAUUAAUAAGGAAAGUGGGAAGAAAAUUUUAUGGAGGGA